AUGGGUGAAGAUAAACAACAAAGUAUUCCCGCUUUGCCAUGGAUGCGAGACCCCGUCGACGUCUCUCUUUCUCAAGAACUACCCCUUAAUUCCGUCCCUUCUCUCCACCCCAAGUUGAAGUCAGCAUUGGAGGACAUGGGAAUCUCAAGUCUAUUCCAAGUGCAAGUUGCAGUUUGGCAUGAAACAGUUGGCCCUGGCAAUUUUGAGCGAGACAUUUGUGUUAACUCACCCACCGGAAGUGGAAAAACCCUCGCCUACGCUCUCCCUUUAGUGCAGAUACUAUCAGGCCGCAUCACCAAAUGCCUUCGUGCCUUAAUUGUUGUCCCCACUCGCGACCUUGCUUUGCAGGUCAAACGAGUCUUCGACGCUGUUGCGUCUCCGUUAGGCCUGCGUGUUGGCUUGGCCGUUGGUCAAUCGUCAUUAGCCGGUGAGAUUUCGGAGCUCGUUGACAUGCCGGCACGUGAUAUAGGCAUGUGCUAUGAUCCGCACUGCGUUUCGCUUCCUCGCUUUCAGAGUAAGGUUGACAUAUUGGUAGCAACCCCUGGUAGGCUUAUGGAUCACAUUAAUACGACCAUAGGAUUCACGCUUGAGCAUCUUCAUUAUCUUGUGGUUGAUGAAACAGAUCGAUUGCUUCGUGAGGCAUACCAGUCAUGGUUGCCUACUGUGCUUGAACUGACCCAAUCUAAUGAUGAUGGCUUUUUCCAACCGUCUGAUUCUUUUUUCCCCUGUUCUGUUGGUGCAUUAAGAACCAGAAGAAGAUGUGGAGUUGAGAGGGGCUUCAAGGACAAGCCUUAUCCCAGGCUGGCAAAGAUGGUUCUAUCCGCAACAUUAACUCAGGAUCCAGGCAGGCUUAUUCAACUUAAUUUGCAUCACCCUUUGUUAUUGAAAGCUGGAGAAAUGCGUUACCGGCUCCCAAAAAAUUUGGAAUCCUAUAAACUGGUUUGUGAAACAAAGGUCAAACCCUUGUAUUUAAUUGCCCUUUUGAAAUCCCUGGGAGAAGAAAAAUGCCUAGUUUUUACAAAAUCGGUGGAUUCCACAUAUCGUCUCUGCAAAUUGUUGAAUUGUUUUGGAGAUCUGCAAAUUGAUAUCAAAGAGUAUUCUAGUCUUCAACAUCAACGUGUAAGAAGUAAGACAUUGAACGAAUUUCGGAAAGGGAUGUUUCAAGUGCUUGUAUCUUCUGAUGCGUUGACUCGUGGAAUGGAUGUUGAAGGGGUAAGAAAUGUCAUUAAUUAUGAUGUGCCCAAAUUCAUAAAAACUUAUGUUCAUCGGGCUGGUAGGACUGCGAGAGCGGGCCAGGCUGGGCGUUGCUUCACAUUGAUGUCAGAAGAUGAGGUUCGACGAUUUAAGAAGUUAAUGCGAAAGGCUGAGAGUGGUUCUUGUCUCGAGCAUAUUGUUCCGUUGAAUCAAAUUGAAGCACUCGGUACUACCUACCAAUCAGCACUUACAAAAUAUAAGGAGAUAAUUUCAAAGACACGAAAGAAACCCAAGGCUUAG